AUGGAACUGGAAAUCAGUUUCGUAAAGCUUAUACCGGAGACAGCAGAGCAACUAAAUAUCGUCGUCUGGCUCGGGCCAAUGAACGUCAAGCUGUUGCCUCAAAAUGUCGCUCAAUUCAUGAAUAUUUUGCCACCUCGCAAAAUCACUGACUCAAUCAGAGAAGAUGGAUCGAGCAAUUGCCAUGCUCGAAAAGCAGACUCACAUUGGGCAGAGCCGCGCGUUUAA